UCCAUAGCAACUCAGUAAAUUAUCGCCAAAUUUGGCACAGGUAAUUUUUACUUUUCAGAGGUGGUCACGACAAGCUUAAAUAUUCAUGACAAAGGUUUAUUAUAACAUUUUCUUAUUCGUCGUCAAACAAGAUAGGUGGCGGAUUCAGACUAGGAGAAGGGGAUCUUGAAAAUCAAAUUUCAUCUUGAAUUUUUAUAAAAUAAGAGAGGGGCAAGAAUGUCAAGAUUGUGCUAGAAAGUAUUGCUAUAGUUAAUUUGAAUUAAGUAGUACUACUAUUGUUAAUUUUAAUGAAUUAUUCGAUACUUUUUGAAGAGCACAGAUACUUCGUACCCUACUAAGAGGUGGUCAUAAGGGUUAUCAUGGAGGAGAGCUGUAGUAAGUUCACUAAUAAAAGGGGAGUUCAAUAUAAAAUUUAUUCUAGGAGAAACGAUGCAUCUUGAGAAAUACAGAUACUACUUUUAUGUCAAUGUAGAUUAAAAGGUUAUUUUAAGGGAGAGGGAGUGCAGCAAGUGCCCCAAACAUGGGAAGUGUAAGGUAAAAUUGAUUGAAUAGCAACAUAAAACUGCUCAGAGUAUUACACUAAGUAGGACAACUUCGGGAAUUUUGUUCGGCCUUUUCUUCCCGAAACAUUUCCGAGCAACGCCGGGUCAUUCCGCUAGUAAUAUAUCUAUGUACCCCUAGGAGGAAUAAAACAGAUGAUUGAAAUGUUUCAUCAAUUCCAACCAAAUACCUUUGUUAAUUUAUAUAAUUGAUAUUAAUAAAAUAAUUCCGAUGAUUUUGUAGUUUUAGGAAUAUUUUUUAAUCUAAUGACAGCAUGUAAUAAAUCGAUUUUUCCCUCAUAUUUGUAUGGUUUGUCAUACAUAUUGAGAAUGUAUUGAAUUCGUGACACGUGGGGGGUCUUUGCUUCUGUGACAAUUUGUGACAAAGGGGGGAUGGGGAGUCAAAAAUCGUCAAAAAAGCGUCGCGUGGACAGCCCCCGAAUAAAAUUGCGGCAUCCGAGGUGGUGAUCCUACUGUUUCUUCACUAAUUCUAUCACUUUUCUAUAGAGAAAGGCAAAAAUGAGUUUCGUUGAUACACGAAUUGACUGGUAUGCUAAAUUAAUCACAGAAUAUGCCUGUGUUUAGAUGCUGACUCGUAAUUCAAUCGUUGUUGUUGUUGUCGCCUAACCGAAUCAAUAAUCGAAAGCUCUUUAGUCUAACGAAAAUAAAAUCAAGGUCACGAAUGCUUCCUAGCAUAAACAUAGGAAUAAAGCGAUUACGGUGAAAAUAGAGCGUAAAGCGAAAAUAAAUAGCACUUAGCGAGCCGCGGGAUGUGUGAGCUGCAGUCCCUGAACCUCCGCGCGGAAACCAUCAUAAAUUGAGCGGUCACGUAAUUCGAUCACCGCGGCAGGUUUUUCGAUAUUGUCACACAUCCGAUCCGAUGGCUAUUGCGCCGAAUGGCGGCCCCGCAGACGUGUUAAUAAUAGACAGAAAAAAAAUCAAUUCGAAGAAGGGACAGGGACAGGAGGAGCAGGUAAUAAAAUUAUCACUCAGCAUCGAGCCGUUCGGACGAGAUUCGUUUCGGGGAAACAAAAUAAUAAACACAAACGCUCUUCGGUGUCCCUGCCGAAGGCUGAUUUUGCCGGUUGGUUUCUUACACAUCGCUAGCAUUCUUUGCCAGCUUGAUAGAGAUUUACUGCCGAGAGAACGAGUUGAAGGUAGUACAAAAUACCCGCCACCAAUCAGUGACAUAACGACCGAUGUAACAUGCCGGCCGCGACUGAUAAGCAGCCGCCAGCGAACUAGUGCUUGUUGACAGCCCACUGAACGACGGGCGACUGACUUGGUCUAGUUUUUUUUAUAUUGUCGCUUGAUUUCCGGACACCGGAGUCGACUCGCUCCACAGUCAUAUGAUAGCGAAACGUACUUCCGAUAGUAUUAUGUCAACAUCCAACCAUCGGCGGUCGACUUCGUUCGCGACUAUGCCCCCGGUGAUGACCGAUAGCCAGCAGGGUUCGAUUGAAGAUAUUCAGAUUUCACUGGCGCCGUACAUCCAGAGCUACCUGACGCAAACCAACCGGAGGCACUCGUGCUGCAGCGUGAUGCUCCCGGUGACCUUCGAGCGGGCUGCCCCGCGGUCCUACUUUGAUCCACGAUUCGACUCACCGGUGCUGGAGGGACAGUUUCAGGCCAGUGUCUUCCCGCAGCUACGGCUUAAGUUCAGAUUUGCCCUGUGCUAUAUCCUGCUCUGUUCGUUGGUGUGGCUUCUGUACUUUCUGUUCGACGGUGGACCCACCCACUACACACUGCUGACGGUUUCCAUCGGUUUAAUACUCGUGUUUGGCCUAGUCGGCAUGUGGCUGACGCACACGGAUAUUUACCGGGCCUACACCAAUGCCAUUUCGUCGUGCUGUGCUGUCUUGCUGUGUCUGUUUUCGCUUACGUUGUUGCUGUUCAGUGGGCAAGCGCUUAGCCCACUCGGUCACUUUUCCAUCUGCAUCGAAAUUGUGAUGCUGAUCUACACCAUAAUUCCGCUGCCACUGUGGAUAUGCUGCAGCGUUACGGCGGUCUAUUCGGUGUGCUUCGAGGUGUUAUCCUACUUCCAUCAGGCCCACUAUGACCCGCAGCCAAGCAACGAAUUGGAACAGGACAUGGUCGACAGCAGAAACUUCGUGUACAAGAUUGUCGCCAUUCGGAUACUGAUUCAGUUGUGUGUGCAUUUACUUGGCAUACAUAUACUGAUAAUGACCGUCGUCCGAAUGCGGGGGACGUUUAUGAAGGUAGGCCAGAAUCUGUUGGUUCGGCGGCAGCUGGAAAUGGAGAAGCAACUGAAGGAGAAGAUGAUUCACUCGAUGAUGCCGCCGAAGGUGGCGGAUUUGUUGUUGAAGGAAAGUGGGAGCGUUGUGAAAGGUAUGAGCUUUGAUGCUCCGUGCGCUCCUGCGAAGCGAACAACGGCACAGGAUCUGAAGAGCCUGUUCCGGCCGUUUCACAUGAACAGUAUGGACAAUGUGAGUAUUUUGUUUGCGGAUAUUGUCGGUUUUACGAAGAUGUCUUCGACCAAAACGGCCGAACAAUUGGUGGAAAUAUUGAACGAUCUGUUCGAACGGUUCGACGAUCUGUGCACGAUCAAUGGGUGCGAGAAAAUUUCCACUCUCGGAGAUUGUUACUAUUGUGUUUCCGGUUGCCCGGAACCGCGUCCGGAUCAUGCCAUUUGCUGUGUGGAAAUGGGACUCGGUAUGAUCCAGUCGAUUCGGGUGUUUGAUGCCCAACGUCACGAGGGCAUUAAAAUGCGGGUCGGAGUGCACACGGGAACGGUGCUGUGCGGGAUCGUUGGAACCAAGCGGGUCAAGUUCGACGUGUGGAGCAACGACGUUACCUUGGCUAACAGGAUGGAAUCUAGCGGACGACCAGAUCAGGUGCAUGUUUCGGAGGAGACAUGCAGCUUUCUUGGCGAUUCGUAUCUCAUCGAAGAAGGCGAUGAAGUAGAUGGUCACCGAACGUACUUCGUUCUUAGCAAGAAGCAAGAUCUGGUUAGUUCAAUUACGGAGGGCCUUUCGAGUAUCGACCUUGCGGGGGAGACCGUCAACGCGUUGGUCUCUUCGGUCCUGGCAGUGGACAAUUUCAAACGGCAACAUGGUUGCGUCGGUGGAUCGUUAUCCCCGGCAACGGAUUGCCUUUCGCAGAGUGCUACCAAUUUGUCCUGCAUUCAACCGGCCGUUCCACCGGCCUCUCCUGCUGGGCCUGUAUCGACAUCGCUUAAUCCAUCGCCGGUAUCGAGUCCAAGACCCCGGUUGGCGUCACUUUCGAAGAUGACUAAGUUCCUUAAGGGUAAGCAUCACAACCAGCGGGACAUAGAGAAACCCAAAAUCAUCGUCAGCACCAAAUCGAUGCCGAACGGGAUCGAUUCUGACGACGGAGAGGAGGAUACGGGAGUUACGAUAGUUAAUGAGAAGGGAUCAAAAUUUAAGAGUUGGAAGGUAAGCAAACUAUUGAAGAAGAUUGAAUCGUCAGGCGGUGGUCAGGUGACCUCACCUCUGGCUCCCGAGCUGGAAAACAAAGACUGUGAUAGUAGUAGGAAAGGUGAAGAAAAUGUGCCAUGUGUAUUAGAGCAAAGCGGUGGCUACCAGCAGUUGCCGAUUGUGAUCGUUACUCCAAGACCAAGCAGCAUAAUGCUAAACGUGUCGACCUGUUCGGUUACAGGCGGUGGAAUGCGAACACGUGAUCGGGAGGGUUCGAAGUCACUCAGUGCCGGAGGUGCCGGCGGAGGUAUCGAAGAUAGGCAUUCGAGCCUAAGUCAGAACUCCGUUUUCGACGAUAUAAUCGAUGUGAAAUCGUACAUUUCGCAAAGUCGCAGCGAUAUAUCUCCCUUCGAUCGAACCGGUAGCUACCGGUCCCAGUGCGAGAAGGCGUCCCUAGUAGCGGAUGGGCAAUGCGGUAGACCUCGAAGUUCUACCAUCGCGGCCAAUAGUGUGGAUUUGAAUAGUCGCAACAGUUCGGUGUGUCACGGAGGCCGAUUGCUUUGUGAUGGAGCCAGCCUGUGUCCUUCGGCGACGUCCCGCAAAGAUUCGGGUAUUCGAUCGAACAGCAGAAGAUCCAGCAUUCAACAUCAAAUCAUGCUGAUGAAUCAAAGUGCGGCUCUGUCCGUGCACCGAGUGUCCGGUUAUUUUACCAGUUCUCAGUCUAGUCUAUCUGUGAUGGUGGGAGCAGCGUCGGCGGCGGGUUCAGAACCGGCCGCAACACUGAAAACCAAUGGAGAUGUGCGGGAUGUCCGGUGUGUUAUCAAAGAACACCAUCCGGAUCCACUGGCAGCUUGUUUACAGCAGCUACGUAAACAAUCUGACCUUCAACUGAUUCGCUGCGUACGGGACAAUGCCCGUAGCCAACGGAGUUAUCUCGUGAAACCACCACUCCUACCCAUCUCACUUCGUUUCAAAUCUCGCCAGAUGGAGCACGAGUUUCGUUCGAAGGCCCAUCGUUUUGGCAGUGAGUCCGAACUGGAAGGUGGACCUCCGACACUUGCCACACCAAAAUACAACACGUACAUCGACAUUUUCGUGUCUUUUCUCGUCUAUCUAGCGACGUCAACGUCGCUGUUUCUUCUGUCGCCUUCGGUCUAUCUGGAAUCCUACAAGAUCUGGGUGUGCAUAUUCGUUUGCUUCAGCACGGUACAGAUAUUCGCACUGUUCAUCUGUUCCAAACAGGUCUGCCGGAGAACGCACCGACUGGUCCGGCCGUCACGAACCGUCAGCCGAAGUUGCUACGACACGAUCCUGCGGUUGAACUGGUACCCGUGGCAUAUUUGCGGAGCUGCACUGAUGUCACUGCCGGUCAUUUCGAUUCUGUCCAACUUUGCCAUGAUGGACGUCAGUAAGUUCCGUAUUUUCGAGUUUCACUACGGUUUCCUAAUGUUCAUCUGCGUAAUUCACUUCUGCAACUUCACACAGUUGAACUGUUGGAUGCGGAACUGUCUGGCACUGGUUAGUUCGGUGACAUUCGUUGGAAUUGCCAUCGGGCACAUGUGGGAGAUCAAAAAUGCGGUGGGCGAUGGCAUCAGUAAUGGAAACGGAACGCUGGUGGGUUCCAAUCAUCUGCUUCAGACACAGUUCGAUUGGUUCAACGACUAUCGGGUGGAGAUUUAUAUGGACCUGUUUCUGCUGUUGGUGUUGGUAUGGUUUUUGAACCGGGAGUUCGAAAUCAGCUACCGGUUGAGUUUCUACGGAAGUGCGGUGGCAAACCAGGAUAAAAUUCGUGUUCAAAAUAUGAAAAACCAAGCGGACAUGCUGCUGCACAAUAUCAUUCCGAAGCACGUGGCGGAACAGCUGAAGAAUACGGCAAAGUAUUCGGAAAACCACAAAAGUAUAGGAAUAAUUUUUGCGAGUAUCGUGAACUUCAACGAGAUGUACGACGAGUCGUACCUCGGUGGGAAGGAGUAUCUGCGCGUACUUAACGAGCUGAUCGGAGAUUUUGACGAACUGCUCGCCCGACCGGAGUUUCUCUGUGUGGAAAAGAUCAAAACCAUUGGUAGUACGUUUAUGGCGGCCUCCGGAUUGGAUCCGAGCUGUCGGGAAGAUAACAACGAACAUCUGCACACGCUGAUGGAUUUUGCCAUCGCCAUGCAGCAGGUUGUGGACUCGUUCAACCGAGAUCUGCUGGAGUUCAAUCUGAUCAUGCGAGUGGGGUAUAAUUUCGGUGAUGUUACCGCGGGUGUGAUCGGUACCAGCAAACUGUACUACGAUAUCUGGGGAGAUGCCGUGAAUGUAGCCUCCCGAAUGGAUUCCACCGGUGUUCCCGGACGGAUACAGGUUGGCAGUGCGUGUGUUCCGGUACUGUCCGAACGGUACGAUUUCGAGCCCCGUGGGAAAGUUUACGUCAAGGGGAAAGAUCACAUGGAGGUGUAUCUGCUGGUAGGACCGAAACCAGAUCUGCUGGGACCACCAGAGCUAGAUUUAGAUACGAUGUAGAUGAAGAACGGAUGGGUGCUGUUGUUGCUAGAGCUAGGUCACGGUUUCGACCGAAACACACUCCGAGAGAAGUCGGUGUUUUAGAGUUAGGUAAGUUGGUUGGUUGGUUGGUUGGUUGGCUGGUGUGAUUUUGAUUAAUCGGAAACGAAUCGGAUCGGUUGAUAGUUUUAUAGUUUUAUUAUUUUUUUUGUAAAUUUGAUUAGAGGUAGUGUAAAAAUGGGCGUGAAUUCAAUUUAGUUUAGAGUUUUUAUUUCUUAGGAUGACGCGCGGCUACAGCAUGUGAUUAUGUUUAUGAAAAAUAAACAAAUAUUGAAUUGUUUUGACAAAGUGGAAUGGGAGAUUCAAUCUUUGACGAGAAUAGUGAAGAUCCAAUGUUAUCAAUAUUUAGAGCUUUAAAUUUCCGUUUAAUUUGGAAACUUAUUUUGGCACUAGUCUCCAUAUUUGUCUCUGACGAAUAAUUUUGCACGAAAAUUGUCUAAAAUUUCAAUUCGAACAAAGUUUCCACAAGCUCUCAACUCAAUUCGGUUCCCAAGAUGGGCAACCUUUUUGCUUUCUGAGUUUUGUUUUGGUCAGUGGUGUCUCGUGACAAAAUUUACGGGUAGUACACUGCUAUCAGUCUGUAGUAGGUAUUUUUAUCGUGAAUACGACUUACUUUACUAUGGGGCGCCUUUUCAAAAUUUACCCUCUGAGAGAGUGAUAAGUUUUUGAUCGUGAAUAUCUCUAGUUGUAUCUAACGAAUCAACAUAAUUUUUGCUACAUGCCAUCGGAAAUAUGAUCACAAUUUUAUGAUGAAAUUUUCAGUUGUGUGACAUAAUCUCAAAUAAUUAAAAAUUAAAUUUAAUGCUUAAUAUCGUAGUGAGUUCCACAAUUUGGUCCUUCUGAAAGGCAGGAAUGAAUCCCGUACAGCAUCCUGAUAGUUUCUUUCAAUGAAAUGCAAAUCUGAAAUGAAAUAAUCGACAUUAAAAUUCUGUAUGCGGCUAUUUUUUAUAGCCGUUAGAACCGGCUAUUAGUGAAAAAGCUACAAAUGAAAUCAAGUAAAAACAAACCUCUUAACAAAAUUGGAUCAGUUUGGAUUCUAUCGCCACUGCGAGCAGAUGUAUUGUGUUUCGUUUGCAAAGCUAGGUUCGCUUCCGACAAGAGCGACUGCGUCACAGCUGCUAGUCGUUUGCAUUGGUGAAAAAACAACAAAAAGAUGACAACGGUGGGUAGCAUCACACAAAAUCAGCCGUUCUAAUGGCUCUAAAAGAUUUCUAAAGAACUAUUAGGAUUUCUUGCUCGCAAGUCGAAGGUGAAUAUCCUUAGUUUAGUGCAAAUCUAGAACAGUUUGAUUAGAUUUUUGCACUUUUCGCUGUGUGAAAUUCACAGUAAUCGAGAUCAAGUGAAGCCUUUUUGUUUUUGCGAAAAAUGUCAAAAAGGGGAAUGCUUGCUUAAUUCAUACAAAUGAUCAACUAAUUGAUAUUCGGAAGUAUUAGGGAACGUGUCAGUUGUUUUCGUAUUCACGACAUCCAGUUAUGUCUCUGACAUUACCCACCCGCCUGUUUUAUUUUUUAUUUCUAAUUCAAAGCAUACGAUUAACAAUAAAUGCUGAAGAGAAAAAUACAUACCUAACAGCUAUAGUCCUGGGGUGUCCUUUGCUGUAUCAAGCAUAUGUUUCUACAUAACUCGGUCCAGGGCUGCUCGUCGUUAGCCACUCAAGGCACGGAUGCUUCGCUGCACUCCUCUUUUUUGUACCAGUCGGAUUAGAUUCAAGAACGAUUUUCACUGGCAUCUAAUUACAUGCCCAGCCCAUCGUAGUCGUCCAAUUUUAUUUGUCUUUACGAUGGGUGGUUCUCCUAGCUGCUGUUGCAAUUCGUGGUUCAUACGCCGUCUCUACGAUACGUUUUCAAUUUGCAUCUUGCCAUAGAUGGUCCGCAGGACAUUUCUUUCGAAAACACUUAGGGCGCGUUGGUCUUCCGCCAACAUAGUCUAGGGGUCUCGUGGCUAUAGAAAACAACCGGUCUAAUAAGCGUUUUGUAGAUGGUCAAUUUCGUGCGGUGGCGUUCUUUUCUCGAUCGGAGGGUUUUUCUGAGUCCAAAGUAUGCACGUCUAUGAAUUUCUCUGCUGGUGUCAUUGUCGGCGGUCACCAGUGAGCCCAAAUACACAAACUCGUCAACCACCUCGAUAUCGUCACCGUCUAUCAAUAUUCGUGGUGGGAGGCGUAGUGUUUCUUCUCUAGAGCCUCUUCCUCUCAUGUAUUUGGUUUUCGACGCAUUUAUGGCCAGUCCGAUACGCCUAGCUUCAGCUUUCAGUCCGAUGUAGGUUUCCAAAAAGUUGUACGGACUUUCGGAAGAUCAAUGAAUAGGUGAUGCGUGGGUACGUUGUGUUCACGACACUUCUGGAGUACUUGUCUUAUCGCGAAUAUGUGAUCCAGAGCGGCGCGGAAUCCAGUAAAUCCCGCUUGGUACGGCCCUACGAAUUCCUUAGCUAUUGGUGAUAGACGACGGCAAAGGAUUUGGGAGAGUACCUUGUAGGCGGCGUUCAACAAUGUGAUUGCGCGGUAAGUCUAGCUUAUCGCCCUUUUUAUAGACGGGACAUACCACUCCAUCCAUCCAUUCCUGCGAUAGAAUCUCCUCCUCCCAAAUCCUAGAAAUCAUCCAGUGCAGCGCUCUAGCCAGAUCCUCUCCUCCAUGUUUGAGCAGCUCACCUGGUAACUGGUCAUUGCCCGCGGCUUUGUUGUUCCUCAGCUUGCCGAUCUCCUCACUUAUCUCCGUCAGAUCAGGUGCUGGGAAUCUGUCGUCGGCUGAUCGGAAAACCGUGUUCUGUCUGUUCCGCGCCUGUCUGUAUCGUUCCUCUUUCGCUCUAGUGCGGUGUUGCAGCAUCCUCGCCCUUGCUGCAUUCUUCUCUUCGACCAACUGCUGACAUUCGCCGUCAAACCAGUCAUUUCCUCUAUUCAAUAACCUCGUACCUAGAACGGUUACAGCAGUGCUACUCAUGAUACUCAUACUGAUGAUCCUCCAGCCGUCUUCAAGAGUCGCCGGGGCAAGCUGCUCUUCCGUUGGUAGCACUAGCUCCAGUUGUUGCGCGUAUUCCUCUGCAGUACGAAUGCUACGUAGCUGCUCGAGAUUGAGUCCCGGCGUUCCUGUGUGACGAGUAUUGUGCACCGUCGAUAGUGGCCAGAAUCAAUAUUGGCACUGCAGUAAAUGCGGACAUUGAUGACGUCGGAGAAGAAUCGCCCGUCGAUGAGAACGUGGUCGAUUUGAUUUUCCGUAUGUUGAUCAGGUGAUCUCCAGGUGGCUUUGUGGAUAUCUUUGCGGGGGAAGAAGGUGCUUCGAACUACCAUUCCUCGAGAGGCUGCAAAGUUUACGCAUCGUUGACCGUUGUCGUUUGUUACCGCAUGCAGGCUCUCCAGCCCGAUCACGGGCCUGUACAUUGCCUCCCGGCCUACCUGAACAUUCAUGUCGCCGAUGACGAGUUUUACAUCCCGCCGUGGACAGCUGUCGUUCCAGGUGCGCGUAAAAUGCUUCCUUCUCGUCAUCGGGUCUCGUCUCAUGUGGGCAGUGCACGUUGAUGAUGCUGUAAUUGAAGAAACGGCCCUUGAUCUUCAAUACGCACAUUCUAUCACUGAUUGGCUGCCACCCAAUCACGCGCUGGCGCAUCUUGCCCAACACUACACUACGUUCCUAGAACGCUGGCUGUGCCACAGCUCUGGUAGAAGGUGGCCGCUCGAUGUCCACUUUUCCACACCUUCUGUCCCGUCCAACAAAGUUCCUGCAGUGCUACGACAUCGAAGCCGCGGAUUAGAAGCUCAUCAUGCAGCAUUCGGUCGUAUCCUGGGAAACCAAGCGAUUUGCAGUUCCAUGUGCCAAGCUUCCAAUCGUAAUCCUUAUUUCGUCGCGUAGGUCUUUGCCGAUAACUCCGAGUCGUACUAAUAUCCUGAUUAUUCGUAACAAGUGUUUUCCGGGCGGCUUGUUAGGCCUGCACGAACCUCCUGUCUCGCCGGAGGGCGAAAAAUUUUCUUGUGGCGAUUUUUAUAAUGGAUGAAAAUUAAGAACAACGUGCGUGCAUCAAAUUUUGUGUUGCAAAUGGAUUUAAGUGUUCCGAAACGUUGAAAAUGUUAGAAAAGGCCUUUGGUGAAUCGUGUCUAGGAAAAACACAGGCAUACGAGUGGUAAAAAUGCUUCAAAGGUGGUUGUACAAGCUUGGAUCAUGAUGAGAUCCCUGGCCGCCCAACAACAUCUGCUCCUGAAGAAAACAUUGAAUUGGCGAAGCAAAUCGUGUUGCAAAAUCGUUCUGUACCGAUUAGAGAGAUUGCUGUGUUGUUGGGCAUCUCUAAUGGAUCAGCCGAACACAUUUUAACUGAUGUUUUGGGUUUGAAAUGCGUCGCUUCUCGGCUGGUGCCAAAAAAGCUGAAUUUCAUUCAAAAACAACGUCGUGUUGAUGUGGCCAAAGAGAUAAUUUCCAACGCAGAUAGUGACCAAUAUCUUCAACCUAGCACCGUAUUCUCCAGAUAUGGCCCCGUGUGACUUUUUCCUCUUCCCCAGACUCAAAUUGCCAUUGCGGGGAACGCGUUUUGAGACCAUAGAGACCAUAAAAGAGAAUUCGCUGCGUGAACUAAAGGCCAUACCUUUGGCGGCCUAUAAAACUUGUAUGGAAAAUUGGAUCAAGCGUUGGCAUGCAUGUAUUGCCGCAGGAGGAGAGUACUUUGAAGGCGAUAACAAAGAAAUUUAUUAAAAAUUGAAAUUUUGCGUUUUUUAAUAAAAUUCCGGUACUCUUUUGCCUGCCAAAUGAGACAUUUCUAUGUGACUUCUCGAAAGUUUCUUUUUGAAACGAUCAUCCAAAUAUUUUUUUGUUAUUUUUCCGGUGUUCCGGAUUUUCUGUUCUGGCGUUUUUUGGAAAUCAGCUUGAACGAAUGUUCCUUCAUCCAGCGCACAGCAUCUGCAUUUGCUAAACAUCUCCCUGUAGAGCAUCCUAGCUCGAGUUACUUAUGUUUUUUAUGCAUCUAAUCCAGCAUUUGUAACUAACUACAAUGUUGGUUGAUUUUCGUUUAUAAUCCAAUGGACUUUAUUUUCACUGGGCUACCAAAGAUAGCCUCGCUGUGUCGCAAUACCGAGCCGCCUCUAUAUGGAUAGAAUUUCUUUCUUUCUUGCCAAAUACUUUCAUCGCACCUAACACCCGUUGAUUACUUCCCCUGAACUCGUUCGGAAUCGAACGUAACUUUAUCACCACGUCAUAAGCAACCAGUCCGGUCAAAACGCUAUCAGUGGUUUGUCACUGUGACAUCUAGAGGCGCUGCUGCUAUUAAAAGGCAAUGCGUGAAUGCUUCCUGUUUCUUCGCCUCUAGAAAACUUUAAUAUAAAUGGAACGAGUUACGAAAAAAAAACACACAAACCAACUUUAACAGUAAGACAAAGAUUUAUGAAUGUUUAACAACGCAACAGUUUAUAAUAAUACUAGUAAUAAUUACAAUAACAAUACUGAUGUUACAACAAUAAUACGCAAAAACAGAAAACUGUUAGAAACAAACAACAAAUGUACUUUAUGUGCCUUCUCUUCGAACACAACUACAACAACAACAAAAAAUAUUGAUUCUUUCUCUCAAACGACAAAAAGUUACUUCAAUAAGUAGGAUCAACAAUUUUUUGACUACUUUUGGCUACGAUCACAAUGCUCUUAACGUAGAAUCAUUCGCUGAACAGGACAACGAUAAGAUCGUCUUCUAGCUCAUUCAGUACUCUUCAAAUAGUAACGGUAUUGCAGAAGAACAAAACAAAAACUGCACAAUACUUUCAACUUGUGCCAAUGGAUAUUCACAACUAGUACUACGAAGACUUCUCACAGAGAAUAAAAAACGCAUAACUCACUCACUCACACCGUGUAGAGCAAAUCUCAUCUUGCCAUUAACACUUACUUAGGAGGUCUCUGCAUGAACAUAAAACAAGAACCACGUUCGGUGCGGUGAACGCGAACGUGGCGAAACAACUGUCAAAAAAAAAAACGAAAACAGAUUUCAAAUCAUGUUAGCAUUUCUAUACUAUUUUUUUCCCUCAGACUACAGAAUAAGCAGUUCUCUUUUUUCGAUGCAUAUAACUUCUCGUCGGUUUAAUCACCCAGAAACAACAAUAGAGCAUAUCAUAAAAGUUAGAAAGAAACGAAAAAAAAUUGCAUCUAUUUUAUAUGCGUUCGCAAACUGCAAACAACUACUAACAAAGCCUGUUUUAUAUGAUCUUUGUAUCCGGUAUUCCCGCAUUGAUUCCCAUCAAUUUUUCUAAGACCGACUUAGUCACAAUGAACAGAGAAAAAAAUAAUUAACUAACGAUAUUGAGAUUAAUAUAUACAUCUUAUAAAAUCUAUUGAUAUACACAAACUUAAGAGAAUCAACUAGAAACAAUUUAUCGAUCGCAUAUUGUUAUCAGUGUACUUGUGUAAGUGUCUUUGCCUGCAUACAGAAAUACUAAGCAAAUGUUGAAGGUAUGAACCAAAGAAAAUUUAUCAUCAAAAAACAGACACAUUAUUAAGAUAGAUAUUUUUCUUUGAAAUACACAAUACAAAGUACGAGGUUUCCAUGGGAUUCUAGUGUAGCCCAACCAAAACAAAAAAAAACUGAAAACCUUAGUAGGCUGAAAUAUGAAUAGACGUUGCAAUGGCACCCGAGUGCAUCACCAAAUACUCUGUUUAGCACAGCUCGUACAAACACCCGUGCACGAUUUUGCCGCGUGCGUAUGUCGGUGCGUGCGUGUGUGUGUGUGAAGAUUCUUUUUUAUUAUUCUCACAAAUACAUGCGUAUACUUGCACAUUCUCACGACGACACGCACUUGUGUGAAGAUUGAUUCAUGAUCGUGUAAUUUUAUUUCGUAAAUGAAUAGCGACAAAACAGAGGAAUAGCAAUCGAGUGGAAUUGAAUUCGCUCAAGAUGUAACCGUACAGCCUUGUGCAAAAAAAAAACAAAUAAAAAUCAACUAGGAAAAAUACACACACGUAUAGAAGAUUUCAUUAAUUUAUAAAUCUAUUAUUGUAAUGUGAAUAGCAAGAAAAGAACCAAACUUCUAGGAAAUUAAGCGCUGUCAGAUAUUAAACAAAACUUUUUAAAAGAUAUAAACAAAUCAAAGAGAAAUGUGUCUAUAGACGGUAGUCGGUCAAAAUUCCUACUCAUGAAAUUUUGAAACACUACGAUAAGAUCUUUUAAAAUUAUACAUCUACAGAUAGAAAAAGAAAAAUGAUGAUAAAAGAUGA